AGGCGAGCAGCAGGCAGAAAGUGAGAGGCAAACGGACGAAAGAGAGGACAAAGGAGAAGCAGAGGCAGCGCUCGCUCUGCUCUGGAUUAACCCUUUCUCCUUACUAAAUGUAGCUUUUCUGGAUUUCUCUCUUUUACAUGUCUUUCAUCAUUCCUUUGCCCAGCCGUGGUACACUGUCUCCCACAUGCGCGCGCACACACACAUAUACACUUUUCCCAGAGGAUUAACAAUUGGUGUGUGUGUGAGCGGAGUCCUGGAGGAAUGAUCAUGGAUGGAUGGAGGCAGAAGGGAGGACUGUGUCUGCUUUUCCCAUGGAGAUUGUGUCGUUCUCUCUCCUCCCUCUGCUGGCUGAGCAGCCUCUUUCCUCUUGCUUUCUUGUAUUAGCGCACCCUCCCUUUCUUUCUUCCCUUCCUUCACUGCACAGGCUUUUGUCUAUCUGACAGAGAGCCAGGCUUGUCUUUUUACCGCUCUCCCUACCCAGUGACCCCCUUUGACUGAUUCAAAUAGUAUCGUCCCCUAUUGCUUCUGCCAAAGCUAAGACCAGGCAAAUCUGACGCCGAGCAAAGGCACCAGGCUAGGCUAACAGCUAGCCACUGGAGCGGUGUAGACACCCCAGCUUGUCACUGCUAAGCUUGUUGUGUGUGUGUGUUUGUGAGAGAGAGUGUAUGAAUUCAGACAUCACAGCAGAAGCAUUAGCUGAUAGAUGACUAGUAGUUUCAUAGUAGAUUUGGUGUGACCUCAGAAGGAAGGAAGGCAGCAGGAGGAAGGAGAGGUGUGUAUGCAGAGUUGGAGGGAACCCCCAACACUUGCAGCUCAAUGUGCUCUCCUGAAUCGAUUCUGUGGACUUUUUGGUCAUGUCAACCCCCUGACUGGAAUUCUUUCUUUCACAACAUGGUGGUUGUUUGAUUUUCAUUAAUUGAUUUAUUUCUACUAACGCUCCAGAAUGGAAAUUACAUGAGUUACUGGGAACUUGCAGCCUUGGGUCAACCAUUUGGCCCAAAUAUUCAGAAGUUUGCUUGUGGAAAAAACUAUUUUGACUCUUGUUGUAGAUAGAUUUACUAUCUAUCUGCUGUCUACCACCCAGCGUGGUGAGAAUGAAGAAGACAAGCAGCAGCACGCUGAGGCGGGCAUGGCCCAGCUCUGACCUGUUAGAGCGCCUGUUGCCACCAGCAGCCGCUGUAGAGCCUCACAGGAGCCGGCGCUCUCGCAGUGAGAAGGACUACAGAAUUCACAAACACAGCAAGAGGAUCCGCUACCCCCCACAGUAUUUGUGUCAGAGUCCGCCUCCUUACAUUCAAACAGGUGAUGUGUCACCCAUCAGUAUGUCCCCCAUCAGCCAAUCGCAGUUCAUCCCUUUGGGAGAGGUAUUGCUAUUGGCUAUCUCUGCUAUGAACUCCGCCCAUAAGCCUGUCACUCAGGAGGCCCUAACUGAACACCUGCAGACAUGUUUUCCAGGUGUUCCCACGCCAACAGAGGAGGUUCUGCACCACACGCUAAGCAUGCUGGUCCGUGAGCGGAAGAUCUACCCAACACCUGACGGAUAUUUUAUUGUAACCCCUCAGACUUACUUCAUCACUCCAAGCCUAAUCCGAACCAGCUCCAAGUGGUACCACUUAGACGAGCGAUCUUCUGACCGCCACCAACAGCAGCAACAUCAGAACCAACAGCAGCAUCAGCAGACGCAGUGCACCUCCCCUCUCUCUGGCACCAUCACCCCGUCCACCUCUGGAGUCGUGCGAGAUCGAACACACCCAAAGUCCAGCCAAAACCACGGUGGGGGAGGCGGAGGAGGUGGGGAUUCUUUUUACAACAAUAGUUACCGUGGGGAAGACCCCCCUAGCCACCACACCACUCUGCAGCGCAGAUCCCCCAAAGACCACCGGGAGGCAUACUCCUCCCCGCAUUCCCCACAAACACCUCCUCAGCAAGCAGGAGGCAACACAGAAAAGAGUCGCAGCACCCUCGGGUUCCCCUUCAAGACGGACACGCUCACCAAGCAUCGAGGAGGGGGAGGAGGAGGGGGGGGGGGAACUGGAGAGAUAGAGAAACAAGCAGGUGGAGGAAGUGGUACAGGAAGUCGGAAAUUUGGUUUGAAGCUGUUCCGUCUGAGCUUUAAGAAGGACAAGGCCAAGCAGCUGGCCACCUUCUCUGCACAGUUCCCCCCUGAGGAGUGGCCGCUCCGCGACGAAGAGACGCCCAGCCAGCUGCCACGCCAUGUAGAGAUGGAGAUCAUCCGCAGAAUCAACCCUGACCUCACCGUGGAGAACCUUGCCCGGCACACAGCAGUCAUGAAGCGUCUCGAAGAAGAGCGUGCCCAGAGGAGCAAAGCAUCCUCAGCCAAUCAGAGCUCCAGGAGUAGGAGAAGUGGGGGUAGACACAGGAAGCAGUCUCAGACCAAACUUAGCCGCUCACACAGCAAGACGAGGGCUUCCCGUGGUGAGCCAAGCGACGGUUCCCACCUGGAGCUGGCCGACAGGGACUACAGAGCCUACUCGUCCUCACUGGCUCGGUCACCGAGGGAACACGCCCUGGCCAUGGAGCGCCAGCGGGCCCGGCUUCACCUGGCACAUAGCAACCCCAACAUCCUCGACUCAUCCCACCUGCCUGUCACGCCAGAGUGGGAUGUGUCCGGAGAGCUCGCCAAGCGACGCACAGAAAUGCCUUUCCCCGAGCCAAGCCAUGGCCCAUCAGCCCACCACUCCAAAGUCCACCGCUCACACUCCCACACCCAGGAGAGGAAGUCCAGAAACGAACGCAGUGACAAAGCCAAGGAACGUUCCAGAUCCAUGGACAAUUCUAAAGGACCACUUGGAGCUGGGUUGAUAGGACCACCUGAUUAUUAUGACGACCGGAGCCGUUACUAUACUGAUGAUGGCACCCUGCGAGCAAAUCAGAUCUCUUCUCACUACUCUCGUGCCACACCCCCCUCUGCUAAGCUGCCUGUGGAUUCUCUGGGGUUGGAUGGUGGCAGGAGCUUAGAGAAGAGUAAGAGCAGGGACAGCCUGCCAGCAUACUCACCCAAACCACUACCCACCUCCGCCCCGCCUGAUGAUUACUUUCAAUGUGCUGGUUCUUCUGAGGCGGUUCUCACAGCAGCAAACCCACUGGGAACUCUGGGCAAAAGUAGCCAUGAUGGAUUAAAACUAGGCUGCACGGACAGGCAAACAGACAGACAGACACCCCAUCCCCUAGAAAAUAAGGAGGACUUGUCAAAGGUGGGACCUAAGGGUGGCAGCCUGCCUCCAAUACCUCUCUCUAUCCCUGACCCCCACCUUCCUAAUGGACGACCUCCCCACAGUGCCUCCUCUGGUCAGGAGAAACAUAAGGAGAUCUUUAGUAAAGACACACUCUUCAAACCUCCUCCUAGCCUCCCUUUGCCCGGCUACAGCUCCCUGAGAAAACCGCAGGCCCCUGCCUCGUCUACUCUGUCCUCAUCCUGCGAUGCACUUGAUUCCCAGGAGGCCUUUGAUGCUCCCAAACCUCUGGUGGCCACACCAUCUGCUCCCCCACAGGGGAUUGAACCUUCGACCAGUGCUGCAGAGGCCUCAUUCGACUACUAUAAUGUCUCAGACGACGAUGAACUCGAGGAAGGGGGGACUAAAAGUCGAGGAGAGGACGAGAAGGCUGGAGGAGGCGUUGUUGGGAUGGGAGGGGGUGGUGCAGGGACCAUGCAGUGGCUAUUGGAGAGAGAGAAGGAGAGGGAUCUACAGAGGAGGUUUGAAAGAACCCUCACCUUCCCUGGUGCUAAAGAGAACCUUCCAGAGCCCAGUCAGAACCAGCAGUCAGCCCACUCAGCUAGACUGGACAGUAUGGACUCCAGCUCCGUCACUGUUGACAGUGGAUUCAACUCACCACGAACAAGGGAGAGCCUAGCGUCCAACACCUCUUCCAUAGUGGAGAGUAACCGUCGGCAGAACCUGGCGCUAAGCCCUGGCCACCUUGGCAUCACUACUGGCAACGGUCCCCCCUUCUCCUUCCGCGCCAUUCCAGAACCUGCCGGCACCCAACCGGAGAAACUCCAGAAGCCCAGCGCCUGCCUUGCGUCAAUCACCAGCGUGUAGGGGCGGAACUAAGGGCUGGGUGGAGUGCAGAGAGCCAAUGGACAGGGGCCAGAAAAUAAAAGUCCCACCCCCAAGGACUGUUACACCUUUAGACUGACAGACUGUCUGAAUCAGUGGAGCUGCCACAGGCCCACUGUGGAACUACAGCUGUUAACACACACACACACACACACACACACACACUGACCGAUACAAACAGAGGACCACCAGGUAACUGCUCUCUCUCUCUCACAGACACACACAGACACUUACACACCAGGCCACUGGGCAGACUCUGACCAUGUCAUUCUACAGCCUAUAGUUUACAUACUGCUGUUGUGUUGUUUCACAUACGUGGGUUCUAGUUGUGUGUGUGUGUGUGUGUGUGUGUGUGUGUGAGUGAGUGAUGGGGGUGGGGUGGGGGGUGGUGGUAUGUAUAAUCUGUAAUCUCAGGUCAUGUUAUUUCCACUCCCAUUCCAGCUGCUCCAGAUCAGUGCAUCUCCCUCUAGUGGUGCCUCCGGUAUUACACACUGAAGAGACGCAGCUCUGCUGACUACUGUUACUGAUGGUACACACAGGCUCACUGAUCCAGCUCCUACUCACUACUUGUCUCUGUUAGUUCUCUAAAAUUCACCACUUGCAGACACCUUGUAAGGUGCAGUGCCACAGGAAAUGACAAUGAUAGUUAAUACUGUUGACCAUCAGUCCAAAAGGCAACAAUAAUGUGAGGUGGUUAGACAGUCAAAUGAAUAACCUGUGACCAGGACUGUUUUUACUAUAACACCCUCUGUAGAAUGAAGCUGAGCAGUUCUUGUAUCUGUUGGAUGUCAUGAUGCCCAUCUGAACUGUCUGGACACUUUUACUAGUUUGUAACCAGCUUUUAACUAUCCUCUGCAACUGUUGUCAGAUAUAUGAGGUGUAGCUCUAGAGAUGGGAUUUUUGAUUACAGACUGUUUAGUGUUUCAUGGAGACAGAUCUUCCACUUUUUUCCCUCAUUUUACAUUACCCUUUAUGCACACGGGAUGCAGCUCCGCCAUAUUUCAGCUCCAUCAUGGCUGCCAGAAACUGCCAUUCCAGCCAUGUCCACUAGAGAAAUGCUCUUUUCUCUACUCCACUAUCAUAACAGGCCAGGUGUGUUUUUCCCAAAGAAGAUAAGACUUUAUUGAUCCUUGAGGGGAAAUUCAGUUACAACAGCACAGAAACAGGCUGAGUGGUAAGGAAACUACUACUAACUACUACGAUAAAAAAUAAAAUAAGAUAUUAAAGAAAUCAGAGAGGUGAUAUUAAAAUAUAUAUAUACAGUAUAUACAUUACAAUACAAGUGAAUUUGUAUACAGUGUAUAAAUGCCUAUAUUUAUUGACAGUUGACAUGAAAUUAAUAUUUAAUGACAUGCUGCAUUUUGUUCCUGACUUUGUCUUUACAUGCAUACAGCAAAAUUUGUUUUUCAUGUUUGUUUAUAGAGUCACUUCACAGUGGUGUUCAGAUAUAAGCUAUUGAGGUCCUGCAGGUUACGUCAGCCUGUAACAGCUGCCAUACUGGCAGGCAGAAAACAUGUUUUUCCUUGUCCUGCUCCCUUGUAAAUGUGUUACUGACUGCUGAGGUAGCUAAUUUCACUUAAGACAAUAACAUUUCCUCUAUGCCAGUCACAUCACUAAACCCAGUUAAACUUCAUCUCUUCCUUUCAAUGAACAUCACUGAGAUUUAUGGAUGUCAGUGAUUAAAAGCAGUAUGGUAGUAGAGAUACUACUUAAAAAGGGGUCAUUGAUGUGGUUAAACAUGGAGCCUCGGAGAGCUUUUCAGUGAUCGUGUUAUAAGUGAUGACUUUCAUACUAAAAACUGUAGACACUGGAAAACAGCAUUUAGAUUUGUUGCAGAAGGUGUAGUACAGUAAGUCAGGAGACAUAGGAUACUCAUGAACUUACUUUGGUCCUUAUUCAUAUGAACUCAAUCAGUUAAGGUUUAUUGUUCCCCGUUCAAGUAUGAUUAUGCUGAACAGCACAUUUUGUCACCAUGUUCUGUUCAUAUGAAGCCUGUAGCACAGUGUGUGUCUGUUGUUAGCCACAUUCGCUAAUUAAGAAACAGAAGAGGCUCGUUAUGGACGAGAGGGUUAGUAGGCGCUUGUCAUAUUCAUGAUUUAUUUGUUUAUUUAUUCAUUUUUACUACCUUGGCAGACUGUUGCCAAAGAUGAGCUGAGGUUACAUGCAAAUGCAUGCGUACAUGAACACUUGAGCAGGAACAGUAUAGCCAUCACAUCACAUUCAUGUUAUUCCCUUUUCUUACCACUGUAUAUCUCUAGCUCUGUCAAGCUCAGGUGAGACCUUAGGUGGUCAGAGGGUGGAAACCAGCCCCAUAUAAUGACUCAUUCAUGGAAAAACUAUCAAUUAGUCAUUGUUGUUUAUGGAGCCGCUGCCUUGCUUCUGCCCCUCAGUAUGGCACUCGGUGCUAGAUGGCAACGUCACAGCAGGACCUCAAUAAAAACAGAAACUGAGAAAAUCAUUGGUUUUGUUUUUAUAUUGACAGUUUUCACUAUUUAUUGCUUAUAUACAUUUCCAGUUGAAGUGAGAGGAGGAUGGGGAGUGGGUGGACAGAGAGAGGGAGGGAUAAAAACGCAGAAGAUGUCAGCUAAACAACUCUAAACAGCAUUAGAAUCAAAGCACCUUCAUUCCAGGAAACACUUGAAGCAGAAAAACCAAGAACAACUGAACCAAACAACAAUAAAUGUGUGAUAAUUGGACUGCUUGAAGACAUGACGCAGCUGCAUACAGUGGACAUGAGGGGUUACAGUCACAUCAGUGUUGAGUUUCGGAACUAAGCUGUUACAAAGUGAGUAGCUGACUUCUUCUAAGAUUUUAACCAGCAAAUGAUCAUUUUCACUAGAUGAGUAGUGAAUUUGAAAUGAAAUGUGUAAGUCCUGGCAUCAGAGAAAAUAGAUUCUGCUGCACAUUAAAGGCUAGCCCAGGGUGUACGAGUGCACAAUCAUUAGGAGCAGCUGUACUGGCACUUGAGGUGGCUGAGCAUCCAACAGAGAAUAUGAGAUGUCAUCCAGAAAAAACUUAUCCAGACCAGUGUUAUACACAACACAGCAGGGAUGUGACUUAAUCUUUUGGAUCAGUAGCUCUUUAUUUAUACACAACUUUAUUAUUCAUUUACAUUUCUAUCAAGUUCAUGACUACUUGAGUUUUUCUUCGGUUUGAAUCAUAUCCCUCUCACUCCUGGUGCUAAGAUGUAUUAUGGUCAGUGACGGCCAUGAUAAUAUUCAUAAUAAAAAGAGUGAUGAUACAGUUGGAAUAUAGUAUUAAAUGGCUGUUUAUACUUAGGUUAGGUUUCACCUGCAUAAUUUUGGCAAUGUCCAUUUAGUCCAUUCUAUGAAGCAUUUGGGUGAACAGUGACUGAACAGAUGGACGGGGCGACCACUGACAGGGACACUGGCACAGGGAGAUGUGAAAUAAGACCUACAUUCGAAAUGUGUUGGUCUCAUUAUAAAACCAGACCUGAGCUGAGCUGGAUUUGCCUAUCACAAAAACUCCUGCAGUCCUUCCCAAUCAUUUCCCAUCCUCCUAUAGGUUCAGGGAGCUGUCAGUCAUCCCAGUGUUGUCGUCCUUUAGGCUCCUCUACAACUACCUCCACAGCAGCAACAACACAGCCCAUCCUUUCUGCUAUCACACUGUCAUCAGCCUCUAGCCUGUGAAUGUCUACAUACACAUGCAUACACACAUAUAAACACUAACACACUACACAUCAAAGUGCUGGACUCCUGGACUCCCCUUCCCUUUCUUCACUAGCAUGGUGUCUUCUAAUGGUACAUGAUGAGCAUUGUGGUUCAGCUGCAUAACCCCCCAAGUUCCCCAUGGACAUACAUUUUGGUCAGUAUUCAUGGGCACCUGCAGACAUGAGCUGCAGAUGACAUUUACAGCACAUGGACCCUAAUAGCGAUGCGGAGAGUAUAAAUUAGCCUUAAGGGGUUCGGUAUGCUUGAAAUGAACUAAUUCAUAUGACGUGCGUCUGACCAUGUCUGCAGUCAGUGUUUCUCCUCCUGGCUGCAUCAAUUUCAACAUCAGAAAAGUUUGCUGUUCCACGAUCUGACAAGCACUUCAUUUGAAGCUUAGUGACCCUUUAAGUGUGCCUCAAUAAAAUAUACUGCUUUUAGUUAGAGAAGAGUGUAUAUCAGGACACGCUCACCUUGAGUUAACUUGUAUGAUGGUUUUUAAAAAAUUCUAUUUAUUUUCAUAUAUUUCCCCGUUUUCUCAUGUGGGGUGCUCAGUUCCCUCUGCCCUGCAAUCCUUGACGCAACUAACUAUGCUGUUCUGGGGAACUGUGCAGGCACCACGGCCAACUAGUAGGAGUCAAUAGCGUAGCGACAAAGACAAGAAUCCUCACUGGCUUCCCACCUGUGUACACAUACACAAGCCGGACGUACUGUACUGGUAGACUGAACUGUACCCCCUCACUGCCAUGUGCUCUGAGCAAAUGUAACAAGCGCUUCUUUCAUGAACUCCCUGACCUACUGUUUGAUUUUAGUUUUCAUUCUACCACUGCAUUGAGUUCUACUCUGCAUCCUGCCACUACACAAGGGUCUAACCUUAUGUGUUACCACUACAGUAAAAUUUUCAGUAUGCUUCAAACUACUAAUACAAGGGCUUUACCCUCUUCUCCCUCUGUACCAGGGUACUGGAUUAUAUUCUGUCCCCAAUGGACUGUUCUAUGAAUAUGGUCACUAUACUGUCAAUAUUUUAUGAUUCUAAUCUCUGUUCUACCACUGGAAGAGAUUUACAGUUUGUUCCACUGCUGUUCUUGGGUCCACAGGGGUGCUAGGGACUAAAAUCCAAGGGGGACUAAAACCUGCUACCAAUAAUUCCAAUUCUUGUCUCUGUUCACUGAGUAUUCUAGGAUUGAAGGGUGUUAGUCUUUUUUCUGUCAAUAUUCUGGGGGUAUACUGUACAUCCUUUCUGUAUCUGUAAUAGGGUUCUUGUCUCUGCUCUAACCCAACAGUAGGCUUCCAAUCCAUUACAAAGCUCACAACAGUAGGGCUCUAGUCCUUACUACAGCAUUGCAGUUGGGUUGUAGUCCUAAUUAUACCUCUACAGAGGUUUGCAGUGCCAGUUGUACCCACAUAGAUGGGCCUUAUCCCUUAUUCUAUGACUACAGAAAGACACACAGACAGACAUAAGUCCAGAUUCUGUUAGUCAAGUCUCUGUUCCACUUUUACCAUUUAGGGGGUGUCCUGUCCCUACAAAUACAGUAGUUUUGGUCUCUAUUGUACCACUAAUCUUGGGUUUACCACUACAGUUGAGUUCCUGUCCCUACAGUGGAGUUUAAUUUCUAUUGUACCACAGUUCAGGGGUUUUAAGCUCCUGUUCCACAGCGACAGUGGGGUUCUUGUUUCUGUUCCACCAGUAAAAUAGGGCUGUAGUCCCCUGCCUGGUGGAUGUCUUGGGUUCCAUCCCUCAUGUCUGAUGUUUGCACUGGCCCCUAACCCAAUCCUCCCUGCUACUGUCUGGCUCAGUGGCCCUCCAUCAACCCCUAGUCCCCUCCAGCCACAGUCCUGUGACCUUCCAUGCUUUUUCUACACUUACGGUCCAUGAAAUGUCUUCCCUUAACAUCGGCGGUGGUUUAUAAAAAUGGAGGUUCAACAAUAACAUUGUUUCUAAUGGUGACAGUAUGUCAUACCUGUAAAUGAUGUUUAUCUGUCAUGCCUAGUCAAAUAAUUUAAACAAUAAAAAGAGGGAUUUUUUUAAUGUCUAUAAUAUCUGAAAGUCCCUUUGAUGUGUAGUGCUGGUGUUACCGUUGUUGUAGUGUAUGUGAUAACCCUAUGGGGAUUGUGUUACUUUUUAAGAUAAUAAAAUAACAAUGUUUGGUUA